CACGUUCCUGAGAAAGUGGUCACUAUGUGGGGCGGUGACAAUUGGCAUGCGAUCCAAGGGGACUAUAAAAUCCCCGUUACACUCCUUUGCAGGGGGGAACUACCAGAUUACUGCCCGUCAUGACUUCGUACAUGCUGACUACGGCCCAAAUUUCAGCUGUGAUCAUCGGGCUCGGCUUCGUGUUGAUCACUCAUGUGGUGUCCCAGAAAGAAUCCACCCACCCUCCGAAAGUUCCAAGUCUUUUGCCAUGGAUUGGUUCUGCUAUCCGUUAUGUCUUCGCACCGACCAGAUUUUUGGCCCUUUGCUGUACGCAGUUUGGCCCCGUGUUCAAGGUUCUGGUCGGAGGGCGUAAUAUUAUAGUCGUUGGGACAGCAGAGUCAAUCCGCAGUGCCCUCUUUACCGAUCAUCGGGUCCUUACAGCCUACGUUGAGCACUACAACCAUUUCCACGUAGUUUGCAGUGACACUUCGCUCUACCCCUUGAUUCAUGACACAAUCACCUACAAGCUAUUCCCCGUCUUCGACCGACGACUAUCUAAACGAGCUGUGGACGACCUCACUGGACACUGCGCGGAAACCAUUUUUAGCCGGUUAAAGGCCUUCUCCGAGCACGAGCAGGUGUCGCUGAGGCGGUCUCUCAACGAACCGCUGUAUGUCGCCGUAACUGCGAUUUUCCUGGGUAGCAAAUUCUCUCCAGACACCUAUGACGACUGGGUUACCUUCUUGGACAGCGUCCCUAAACGACUUUGUAGGCUUCCGUUCUGGUCUGUGCCGUCCAGCCGCGCGCGAGGGCGCCUGCUUCAGCACGUCAUCACGUGUCUUCAGAGUGCAAACCCUGAUAACGAUGAUGAUAAGCUAGCGGGCGACUUCUCUAAAGUUCUUCGCGAAAACAAUAUUUCCCCCGAAGUGGCAUCCUUCGUGGUUCUUACAGUGAUGCUAUUCCUUCAUACAAAUAUGCUUGACGUCGUGUUCUGGCUUUUUUCGUGGUUGAUGGCUGAUCCUCUUGCCUUCUCUUCUCUGCGCGACGAGAUCGACAGGGCCGUCCGAGAAGAGUUUGGGAACAUCCAAACGUUUAUCGCGGAAGCCAGCCCACAAAGAUUAGAUUCUCCAGCUUUCGCACUCCUCAACUCCGCAAUUCUGGAAACUACAAGGCUUACUACGCUACAGACUGGACUACGUCUCGCGGAAUGUGACCUUGAGCUGAAAGAUGAAGAGGGCACAAUCCCGGUUAGAAAGGGCGAAUAUGUUUUGCUUUUCCCACGCCCUGCUCAACGGAAUGAAGCUUCGUACCCCGAUGGCCACAGAUUCGUUAUUGAUCGGUUUGUCCAAGACCAGUAUCAGGGUGAGCUAACAGCUGCGGCGGGAAAACCCUAUUUUGCCUUCGGAGCAGGGAGACAUCUCUGCAAGGGCAGGUACCUUGCCAUGUUCGGAAUGAAGGUACUAACUAUCCUGUACCUUUCUCUCUUCGACGUUACGCCGGCCCCUCUGGAGCGUCGUUCGUCGAAGUGGGAGCCUCCACAAUCCAGUGCGCAUAGCAUCGGCACUAUACGCCCAACUAAGGACGUCUUCGUGAAGUUGCGUCCCCGUGCCACCUUGUAGACGUAGACUGUCGUGCGAGGGCACG